ACUCCCAGCUAAAUUCGAUUGAGGCAUCGGUGUACCUUAGCGAUCUUCUCUCUUUUGAAGGACCAAUUCUGCCGAAUUAGCCUUUCAAAUCCAGUCCAGACUCCAACUAGCUUUUGUUAAGAUGUCUACCGAAACACCUGCCACCAUGGAGAUUGAAUCAUUGCCUUCUGAAUCUAAACCCGAACCAAAUACAUUGCCCCCAAAGCCAAAAUUCGAGCCUCUUAAGGCUCAUGAGAUGUCUGAUGGUCGAGUCCAGUUCAGGAAGGUUUCAGUUCCGCCUCAUAGGUAUUCACCUCUCAAGAAAUACUGGUUGGAUAUCUAUACUCCAAUUUAUGAACAGAUGAAGGUCGACAUCCGUAUGAAUCUCAAAGCUCGGAAGGUUGAAUUGAAAACGAGACCUGAGACGCCCGACAUUAGUAACCUACAAAAGUGUGCCGACUUUGUCCAGGCUUUCAUGUUGGGUUUUGAUGUUCCAGAUGCCAUUGCUCUUUUGAGAUUGGAUGAGCUAUAUGCGGAAUCCUUCGAAAUCAAGGAUGUCAAAACACUUAGAGGAGAGCACUUGUCUCGCGCCAUAGGAAGAUUAUCCGGGAAAGGCGGUAAAACGAAGUUUGCCAUUGAGAAUGCUACAAAGACUAGGAUUGUCAUUGCUGAUACCAAGAUUCAUAUACUGGGAUCUUUUGCCAACAUCAAGAUUGCUAGGGAUUCUCUUUGCAGUCUCAUUUUAGGUUCCCCUGCUGGAAAAGUUUACUCGAAACUUAGACAAGUUACUGCUAGAUUGGCAGAAAGGUUUUGAUCUUUGUUAUUUGGAAUAUGUCUGAGAUUUUGUUCUCUGAGUAGUUGAUUUGUAAGAGUUAUCUACAAUGAACCCUUGAAGGGAAAAAAAUGAAUGAAGAAUAUGAUAGAUCAACAUGA